AUGAGCGACUCAAGACGAAGCAGGCGACCAGACAGUCGCCAAAUGUGGGACAACUCUGAUAGACGCGAUAGGCGCGGAGGCGGAGGACGUGAUAGGGACAACAACGACCGUGAUCGUAGAGGGUACAGGUCGCGAUCGCGCGAACGUCGUGGAUAUAGAGAUCGCUCUAGGUCUCUAGAUAGAAGGAACAAUGGCAGAGACGGGGAUAGGAGUCGCCAAAAUAAUCGGGGUCCGCGACACCAUGAUGACCGAGAUAAAAGAGACAGGCGACGAGAUGACGGAGACGAUGCGCCGCCAAGGCCAAGAAGGGACGACCGUCGCGAUGAUGAUAAGGACCGAAGAGCCAAACCCCGUCGCUCUGCAUCACCACAAUCACGUAGCCCCUCCUCCAACGAAACAACCCUUCCCACCCGUACUCGCCCCGAAGCCAAGCGUCCAGCACCUCACAUGUCUUUCAAUGUCGGAUCUCGUGCCAGCCGCUCACCACCACCCGCAUCACGCCCCGAGCACGAAGAGGAAACUGCCCACUCAGAAGACGGCCAGGCCUCGGAGGCAGAAGACGACCCAAUGGAAGCAGAGGACGACGACCUGGCUGCCAUGCAGGCCAUGAUGGGGUUCGGUGGGUUCGGAACGACAAAGAACAAGAAGGUCUCAGGAAACAACGCUGGUGGGGUACGGAAGGAGAAGAAGACGGAGUAUCGCCAGUACAUGAACCGAAACGGCGGUUUCAACAGACCUCUCAGUCCAUCUCGAUAG